UGGGAGACCCUCGCCCCUCCUCCCCCGCAUCAUCAGGCUAUUGUCAUGGAAACAGCAGCAUGCGAAAGCGGAGACUUCGGAUGGGCACGCACAAGGCUGGUUGAGUUCAUAUAUAUAUACACAUCUCGGUCCGCACAGUUAAAUGUCCUGUGUUCAGAUUCCAUGCGUCUUCAGUAGUUUAGUAUAAGAACAAGGUUUACUCCUUUAGGAUGAUCAUUUAGAGACACCGACAUAACUUAUGUGAACUAUUAGUUUGAGAAUUCAGACUGCUUACUGGGCGCCACUGAAUACGUUUUCCACUAUGGAGUUCCCCAUCGACAGCCUGUUUCAUCAAGCGAUGAAGAUGACUCUCCUGAUGGGAUUAAUGGCGGUGAACACCAGAGCCAUCGAGACGGUGAACGUGGUGGACUUCUGCGGUCAGACCAUCAAGGGGGACGGCAUGGUGGUGAACUCGCAUAAGGACUCUAAGAAGUACUACUUUGUGACCAUGGGCACCGACUGCCACCUCACCAUGCAGGCCGCCUCCCCCCGGGACAAGAUCCAGUUCCACUUCCGCUUCUUCCUGGUGUACAGUUUGUUGAGGGUGGCCCCGCUCAGUCCCGCCCCGCCCUCCCCCCGGGGGUCUGCCCCCCUAGACAGCCCCCGCCCGGACCCCGGGCCUGGCCAGGGGCCCGAGGACCCCUGCCACGCUGGCUCCUACCUCCAGUUCUACGACGGCAGGGAGAGGAGCUCCCCGCCAGUGGGCCCCCCGCUGUGUGGGAAGAGCCCCCCACGGCCGGUGCUCUCUACGGGGAACUACCUGACGCUGAGGCUGGUGACCCGGGGGACCCAGCCCCGCGUGGACUUCGUGGGGGACUUCACCUCCUUCAGGCUGGGGUUCAACCAAUCCGAAUGCAGUGGGGAGCCGUACUUUACCUGUCGCAAUGGCAAGUGUAUUCCUCUGAGUCUGGUGUGUGAUGACAAAGGAAUCGACAACUGUGGGGAUGGAAGCGACCUGGAAGAGAACCUGACUUCUGGAUGCAAAGGGGGUCAGUUGGUAGCUCACACAUCGCCGCCCACCAUUGCAACGUCCACUGGAGCGUCUGUCCUGACCACAGCGCCGGCCUCCACAGGUAUGAACUGUGGCGCGCCGGACAGUGCGCACAACCUGGAGUCAGCCACAGGUGAGGGCGCCGCUGCCACCACAAACGCCCACCUCACCCUCACACGUUUACAUCUAAUUGGAUGUGACUUACAAAUCAGAUUUGGAAUAAUUCAAUAAUAACUCAAGUCUGGUAGCAGACCAGCUCCAGUCUGGAUUGAGGGGAACUCAGCAAUUGCAGACUUGGCCAGCACUAGUCAGAUGUUCAUGGUGGGAGGACACUAAUGUGAUUUGAAAAAGGUAUCAAAUCAACACUGUAUAAAUACAUUCAUAAAUAAUUCCUUCUGAAGCUUUAUCCACAUGUGUUUCUGAUCAGCAGAAUGUCUCUUGAACGAUACGGGGAGCAAGACACGAUGCGACCCUUGCAGCUUGUGGUUUCCGGGCUCUGUACUCAUCUGUCUUUACACUCA